CGUCUCCCGAGCCGUAAGUGGAGGCGACGCGGUGCCGCGGCCCUAGGGUGUGGCGGCCCAGCGCCGCUGGAGGGGGGCUCCUCUCCAAGCUCCCGCCCCUACCUCGCCUGUUCCCGCAGCUGCGGGCCCGCGGGAAGGACCUUUGAGCGAGCAGAGAGCUGGGCGCGGGCGAGAUGGCCCUGGUGCCCUAUGAAGAGACCGCGGAAAAGGGGCUGCAGAGAUUUCACAAGCCUCUUGCCACCUUCUCCUUGGCAAACCACACGAUACAGAUCCGGCAGGACUGGAAGCAACUGGGAGUCGCAGCGGUGGUUUGGGACGCGGCUAUCAUUCUGGCCACAUAUCUGGAGAUGGGAGCUGUGGAGCUCAGGGGCUGCUCUGCCGUGGAGCUGGGUGCUGGCACGGGGCUGGUGGGCAUGGUGGCUGCCCUGCUGGGUGCUCAUGUGACUAUCACGGAUCGAAAAGUAGCAUUAGAGUUUCUUAAAUCAAACGUUCAAGCCAACUUACCUCCCCAUAUCCAGCCCAGAGCUGUUGUUAAGGAGCUGACUUGGGGACAGAAUUUGGGGAGUUUUUCACCUGGAGAAUUUGACCUGAUACUUGGAGCUGAUAUCAUAUAUUUAGAAGAAACAUUCACAGAUCUUCUUCAAACAUUGGAACAUCUCUGUAGCAACCACUCUGUGAUUCUUUUAGCUUGCCGAAUUCGCUAUGAACGGGAUCACAACUUCUUAGCGAUGCUUGAGAGGCAAUUUACUGUGAGGAAGGUUCACUAUGAUCCUGAAAAAGAUGUACAUAUUUACAAAGCACAGAGGAGAAGCCUGAGGGAGGACUUAUAGUUGGCUAUAAUUUAUAAGAAUGUUGUCACUGAGUGUGUCAAUUAAGGUCUUAGACUGGGAAUAUAACCGUAUGUAAUGAAAUGGCUUACUGUACAAAGAGUCUAACCAAAGGUUCUCAAAAGGCAAAGCAAAUGUGCGGUUUUAAAACAAAGCACUUUGUCCCAUUGCUGUGACUUUUUAGUUACGUUUUACUCACUCUGAAAUUCAAUUAACAUUAAAGGAAAGUGUGCGAUUUUGGUUUAUGUUGUUUCUGUAUCCCAUACUGCUCCCUCUCAAUAAACAAUUUUCACUGAUGCUGUGAUGAAGGGUUGGUAUAAAGGCAUCUUCAAAGCAGUGAGCUUGUUUUGGUGAGGCUAGAUCCUGCAAAUCAUUUAAAACACAUUGUAAGACAUACGUUUAGCCCAGUUUUCUAAUUUUCUGAGUAUAAAACAAGAGGUUUGGGCUUCCCUGGUGGCACAGUGGUUGAGAGUCCGCCUGCCGAUGCAGGGGACACGGGUUCGUGCCCCGGUCCGGGAAGAUCCCACAUGCUGUGGAGCGGCUGGGCCCGUGAGCCAUGGCUGCUGGGCCUGUGCAUCUGGAGCCUGUGCUCCGCAACAGGAGAGCCCACAACAGUGAGAGGCCCGCGUACCGCAAGAAAAAAAACCACAAAAAAACAAACAAAAGGUUUAAUGGACAUUCCCUGAGCUGUUAAUACUCUUGAAAUCUUUUGUCUACUGCAUUUAGGUCUUAAAUACUUUUGCUUGUUUGAGAUUAGGAUGUGAGUUUUCUAAAGUCUCACAUGCUUUCUGGCGUAAUUUCGGAUUUAGGUAUAUAAACAAAGGUGUAAGUCAAAAUAAAAUUUUAGUUACUUUUUGAUAGCACCUAAAAUCUUGGACCUCUAUGUGCUGGGAAUAGGUUAUCUUCAAAUCAAAAGCCAUAGUUUCUCCCUUCAGCUUUACCCUUUGUCAAAUGUUGUUUUUGUAUUUCUUUCCUAGCCUUUCCCUGCCUCCUUAUACUGCAUAGGAUGACAAUAAAAAAAAGUUUUAAACCUCAUCCCGCCAUGGGAGGUUAGCUCCCCAAGUAUAAGCUCCAUCUGUAUUGUACUGGUAAUUGCUUAUUCAAUGUCUGUGCUCCCCAGAAGACUGUGAGCUUCUUGAGGGCCAGAAUGCUUCUGCCCCUUUCAUUAUAGCCUCCCCAGUAUCUAGUAUAUCAUAACCAAAUAUUUGUUGAUUGAAAAAGAUACAUUACAUUUAGAGGGUAUUGAUCUCUGGGUUAAUUGAUUGCUACAUUGUUUUAUGAUUAUCUUUGAUAGACUUUGUGAAGUCACACACAUACCCUACCCUUUUUUCACAGUGUAAAAGCUUAAACAACAGCUUAAACAGAUUGAGAGCCAAAGAAUAUUAUAACCUCAGUAUGGUAUUUGGUACUAGAGAUAGAUUUCCUUCGUAAACCCUUAGAAACAAGACCUCCUCCCUCUUAACCUUUUAGUGAAUAUUUUGGAUGUGGAAACACCAAAUACUUUGUU